CAUCAAUACGAGCAUAAUGUUUACAACUGGGUAAUUUAAUAUGAACAUCUUUAUGUGAAUUUAUUUUAUUAAAUUAUUUCAUAAACCAGGAAGUAUGUCUCCUGUAAAUUCCAUUUGUCGAUUAUGUCUUCAAAAAGAAGAAACUAUAUCAAAGUUCAAUAUUUUCGAUUUGGGAUUGAGUGAUUCAUUGUACUGGAUAUUUGGUGUUGAAAUUGACGUUGGAGAUUUUUUCUCAAAACUAAUUUGUCACAAAUGCCUGAAUAUCGUAAAAUAUGUACAGCGAGUGCAGAAGCAAUUCCAGACUAAUCAGUAUAUAUUGAGGGAAAGAAUAUGUCCCAAGGAUUAUGAUGUUGAGAGUGCCAAUGCUACCAAAGAUGUGAGUACUUCAACAGAUCAUGAACCAGCUAAUGACCGUUUAUCACUAUCUAUGAGUACACUGUUUAUGUUGAAUCGCCCCUAUGUCUCAGUUGAGAAAUUGGAGGAGAGUGAUAUCAGCAAGUACUGGAAAAAAAUUGGUAAAAGCACAUAUCGAAUCAGGAAACAGAGUGGAUUGAAAGAG